AUGUCGCUCGCUCCGCUCUCCGUGCCUGAGCACAAGUCCGGGCAGCUCAGUAUUAAUCUGGGUUCCAACAACCCUUUCCGCAAUCGUGCCAUUUCUCCUUCGAGCACUUCUUCUGUCUCCCCUGGCCCGCGACCAGAACGACCUCGCUCGACAAAUCCUUUCUUGGAUAAUACCGAGAUGACAUCGCCUCAAUCUGCCCCAACUGGGUCUAUCCAGUCACCUUCGAGUGAGAAGCAUCCCUUCCUGGGCAAUACCGCCGAGUUAUUUGAAAAUCUCUCGCUCAACUCCAGUUCAAAGGAACGUCGACCUGCACCCCCUCCUCCAGAAAAGUCAUCUUCAUCAUCCCGACCCUCUGCCCCUCGGCCGUCUACCUCCCGACCGCGACCAGAGACUCGAGAUCGUGAGAGAAACCGUGAUCAACCGAAAGACAAGAAGCGGGAACAAGACCCAUUCGACAUCUUUGCUGAUCCUCCAAAGAAAGAAUCCUCUCGCCCUCCACGACCUCGCGAAGGACGCCCUCGUCCUCGCCGGAACUCUGAAUCUUCCAUUAUGGAAAGACCGAAGGUCUUGGACCCAGAAGAUGAAAGGCGUCGACGCGAGAGACGACAUCGUGAACGCGAACGUGAACGUGACGGGAAGCCUCGCUCUAAACGCUCACCUGGCUAUCGGCUAGAUGUCAUCGACAAGUUGGAUGUCACCUCUAUCUUUGGCACAGGAUUGUUUCAUCACGAUGGUCCUUUUGACGCAUGCAAUCCUAAUCGCAACCGCAAAGGCUCAAAGCAAGCGCCGAUGCAAGCCUUCCCCAAAGACUCCAAGAACAUGGCUCUCGGUGGCGCUGGUCCGAAUAACUCACGACUUAAUCUGGAACUCAUUCAUGGCCACACUGCUGAAGGCUAUCAGGAUUAUUCCGCUACUGGCAUUAAGAAAGAUGAAACGUUUGAUUCAGCUCGUGCCGAGAUUAUUCAUGGUAAUGAAAGCAUGGGUCUCGGUACAAGUACUUUCUUGGAGGGUACGCCUGCUAGCCGUGCAGCGAUUCAACGACGCCAAAGCGAAAGUGACCAACAACCACCAGCCGGCGGUCUUCAGCGCACCAAGAGCUUGGCACAGAAAUUCAAGGGUAUCAAUCGAACGGGAACCGUCAGGGUCACAUCUCCAGAUGCUACCCAAAAAAGCCCAGCAAGUGCGGGUCCUCCCAGUAGCUCCAGUCGAGCCCAAGAGAGCAACCCUUUCUUCCAGGAUUAUGAUGAGGCCUACGAUGCGAAGGGAAGCAGAAUAGAUGAAGCCAGAAUUGGUGGGCGGAAUCGAGCAUCUAGCAGCCCGAGAAGGGCGACUGCGCUGGAGAGGAAGACCACGAACGGAUCGAUUGGUGCGGAAGAGAACAGACAGAAUGGAGGUGGUUUUAUGAACCGUAUGAAGAGUUUGAGACGACCACGACCGGAAAGAAGGAUGCCUUCCGAAUAA